UAUUGAUUUAUUUUUCAAAACCCUAGAACCAUCGGGCAAUGGAAAUUAUGGGUCUAGCCGUCUAGGAGAUUUGGGAACCAAGGUGCAAUCGAAAUCUCUGACCCAGAACCAGAAUGCUCAACGGAAGAGAGAGCUUGAUCCGAUUGGUGGGCAAAAGGCGUCACUUCCUUCGCAAUCGUCAAUCUCUCCUCUCCGAUCCCUUCGCUACCCACAAUGACUCGAUAGAGGAUACAGAGGCUGAAAAAUUGGUGGAUUCCAAAGAAGCGACGGAGUUCGGGAGUGAGAGUGGUUCUUCCGAAAAAUUGGUAACGUGCCCUGUUUGUGGGCACAAAGUCAGUGGGGACCACAAUGACAUCAACUCUCAUCUGGAUGCCUGUUUGUCUCGGGGAACAAAGCGAAAGUUGACUCAGCAAACCCUUCUUCAGUCAAACUUCUGGUCACAACCUAAGAUUAGCUCCUCUGAGUUGGAACCAUCAGGAAAAAAUGUUUCUGGUAGAGGUUCUGAUAAAAGUCUUGUACAUAAUGCUGUUCCUGGAUUGCCUGACUUUGGUGCUGCUGAAGAAAAUGUAAUUAGUAUGUGUCAAUCGUCGCGAAAGUUAGAGUCUGACAUGCAAACUCACAUAGAUGACUCAUCUGAAAACCCAGUCAAUGAGUACUGGAUCAACUACAGUACUGACACCACCCAACAAUUAUCCCCAAAGAAUGAGGUGCCUAAAGGUGACAUGGAUGUAACCAUGGAUGAAAUAUGUGGGGUUACUCUUGAAACUUAUAUAGUUGGCCGUAGGUUCAGUGAUGAGAAGAAGUUACUCCUUGGGGCAAGCAUUUCUCUUUUGCGAGACCCUAAUAAUGAUAAGGAUCCCAAUGCUAUCAAGGUUGUUUCUGCAGAUUCUGGAUGUAGUAAAAGCCUAGGUUUUAUCCCACGUGAAUUAGCUCAAUGUUUGUCACCUUUAAUUGAGAAGUGCUGCCUAAACUUUGAGGGACAUGUGUGUUCUAUUCCAAAGCAUCCUUUUGAUUGUGUUCCCAUUCAGAUUGCGUGUCGCAAGAGCGUAUUCCAUGGUGAAAAAGAAUCUGAAGUUUUAGAGGAUUUUAAUUGCUUGUGGAAAGUUGCUAAGCUUGUAGUUGAAUCUGCAAAGAAUUAUCCACUGAGCAUGACAAAAUAUCAGCAGAACUUUUGUGUAUUAAUACGCGAGGUUUUAAGAAGUAACCCUCACCUAUUCUCAGAGGAUGAAAAGAUUUUCAUGGAAUCAUUUACUUCACUCUCAAAUGAUAGUCAGAGGAUUUUCAUUCGGCUUUAUACACGAAAAGGGCCAUGGUUCCGGAUGUCUAAUAUAUCCUAUGCAGAAGUAUUGGAUCCUCAAGAAGCAGUCAAGGGUCUCUCGGCAGCGGGCUAUGUAUGUUUGUUUGAAGAUGCCGAUGAAUCGGAUUACAAUGAAAUUAAGGAGAUGUUGAAUUUGCUUACUGUUUGUGAGCUACGUGAUAUUUCAUGCAAGCUUAAGAAGAACUGUAAUUCUGGUACAAGAAAGAAAGAUCUUAUUGAAGCUCUUCUCUCUUUGCAUAAAAAUGGGUUAUGCCCAAAAUUACCAAGUGUGGUUUUAGAGAAAACUGGUGUGUGUGUACAAAUAUCUUCACAAGCUGAAUCCCUUAUCUGGCGCGCUGAGAGGCUUUUCUUCCUGAAUGGCGAGCAAGACCUAUCAACAUUUCUACUAGUUGAUUUAGGAAUUGUCAAGUAUCCGACUUACAACUGCAUAAUUUCGGAACAAAUCUUCUCAGGUCGAGAUGACCUGCUUGCUUAUGAAGAGGCCAUCGAAGUGGCACAACUAAUGGAUCAAGCUCUUGACGGAAACAAUGCUGAAGUACUAUUGAGAUUAAUAAAGAUAGCUGACUCUCGUAUAUCCAGUUCUUCUAUGAAAGCAAUCAAUUCCUCAACCUCUGAAUCAGCACCUAAAUUUCUUUUGUACUUUUCAGCAUUAUGGGUCUACUCAAAAGUGGUCUCAUUAGGAGUUUCCUUUCUUGAGCGGGAGCACAGGUAUAAUGACGCAAUUAAUUUACUGAAACGGUUGCUAAGCUGUUUUACUUUUGAUGGAAGAAGAGGAUAUUGGACGCUAAGGUUGUCAAUUAAUUUGGAGCACAUUGGUUAUCUUAAUGAGAGCCUUGCAGUUGCUGAAGAUGGCUUACAAGAUCCCUGGGUGCGUGCUGGUUCAAGGAUGGCACUGCAAAAGCGAAUCCUUCGCUUAGGAAAACCACCAAGGCGCUGGAAAACUCCUAGUUUUUCAGCAUCCAUAAAGAGGAAGAUCACGGAGGUUCAUGUUCAAGGCAGACCUUUGAACUGUGAAAUUGGCAUGAAGAACAGGUUUUAUGGAGAAGAUGGGGAGCAAUGUGGAGUUGAGCAGCUUGCCUUACAGUACUAUGCUGGGGAAGGAGGUGGAUGGCAAGGUGUUCAUACAGAGAGUGGCAUUUGGUUGACUAUUUUCGGGCUGCUGAUGUGGGACAUCAUAUUUUCUGAUGCACCAAAUGUCUUCCGUACCAGAUUUCAGACUGCACCCUUAGAUUUGGAGACUGAUAGCUUUUAUCUGAUGAGAAAGAGCUGUAUAGAAUCUCAGCUACAAAAAAUUCAUGAUGGCAUGGCUGAGGAGAUCCUCAUUAUGUCAUGGGAAUGCCAUGUGGGAACAGCUUGUAGGGGAGUUAAUUGGAACAGGCAUUCCCUCACUGAGCUUCGGGCAGCUGUUUCAUGCAUUGGUGGCCCUUGUUUGGCCUCACUCUGCCGACAUCUUGCUCAAGACUACCGAAGUUGGUCCAGUGGAAUGCCAGAUUUGUUACUCUGGCGCUUUAAUCAGGAGUACAGAGGUGAAGCAAAGCUUGUUGAAGUGAAAGGCCCUAGGGAUCGGCUCUCCGAACAGCAGCGAGCAUGGCUACUUUUUCUAAUGGACUGUGGGUUUAAUACAGAGGUUUGUAAGGUGAGCCCUGUGCAAAUGUCUGUAUGAGAAGUCAUUGAUUUUCUGUAAGGGGGGAAGAAUAACAUGACAAGAAUGAAUGAGCAUGGAAAUUCGCAGUCGCCAUCAAAUAAUUACAGUAAGAGAUCUCCAUGAAGAAUUCUCUUCAAUCCUUAUGUAUGUCUUUUGUGACACAACAAUGAAUUAUUCUGCCUCUGUUCAGAAAACAAUAUUCGAGUGAAACCCUACACUAUCGAAAUUCAAGAACACCAGUUUCUGUGGUGGGCCAAGCAGAGGGUCCAAGUCUGGCGACAAUAAGAAAAAAGAAUAUAAUAAUUUCAGUUCAGCUGUAACUCUUAAGGUCAGAGUUCUAGAAAGAAAGCCGGCAGUGGAUAUUAUUAAUUUAUUGGGCUGGAUUUGUUUCUUGGCUUGGUGCUUAAGUGGUAGUAGAAGACCAUGUCUUCGUUUGCUUGAUGACAUGGAACACGUAUAUGCCUUAUUUUACCCGAGGUAAGGCCGUAUCUUCUGGUUUUACUCAUUUGUUUCUAUAGGAGUCGGGUGUUCAUUUUUCGAUAACAGUGACCCCACUCCCUUUCUUUUUAGAUGGUAGAAAGAUAGAUCAUUGAUUCCUGGUGGAUAUCUAUUUGUUGACUUUAUUGAAUCCCAAAAGUGCAAUGUCUACUGUUUCAU